GUUGGUUGCGUAGUUGCAAAAAUAGCCUUUACUGCACUUCUUACUCGGACAAAAAACACACACAUAAAACUUAUCCUUUUUCUGUCAUUUUAUUUUCUGUCAUAUAUGUAAUAUGUUUAUGCAUAUAUACUUGAUUUCUUCUUCGUCUGAGAGUUGUAAGAAAUUUGUGCAUGCAGCAGUAUGAAUAGCAGUGAAGGGUCUGCUUGGCAGAGGAAAAUAAAAGGAAAGAUGUAUCAAGAAAGGGAUAAGACCACCAGCUUUCUCUCUCAAGAUUCAGUGAUGGAUUGCAAGAAAAUGAUGGGCAAAAAGAAGGGGAAAAUAUAUCCUCUUUUAUCAUUUCAUGAAUUGCCAGAUUAUAUGAAGGAUAAUGAAUAUAUUUUGAAUUACUAUAGAGUUAAUUGGCCUCUCAAAGAGGCUUUCUUCAGCUUAUUUCGUUGGCAUAAUGAAACCCUUAAUGUAUGGACGCAUUUAGUAGGAUUUGUACUAUUUUUAGGAUUAACAAUUUGCAAUCUGAUGCAUGUGCCUCAAGUAGCAGAUUUCAUUGCAAUCUUUACUGGACACUUUGCUUCUGGUGCAGAUACUAAUUUCUCUCACAACUUCAAGGAUUUUUCCCCGGGACCAACAAAAUUGAUAGAUCUAAAGCAAAAAUCCCAUCUGAAUAUGGAUAUUACAUCCCCUGAAAUGGCUGCUAUAAGUUGGCCAUUCUAUGUCUUUUUAGGUGGUUCAAUGUUCUGUCUCUUGUCAAGCAGCUUUUGCCAUCUCUUUUCUUGCCAUUCCCAUCACUUAAAUAUACUACUACUGCAAAUGGAUUAUGUUGGAAUAACUGUCAUGAUAAUCACCUCAUUUUUCCCUCCAAUUUACUACAUCUUCCAACGCACUCCCCACUGGCAAAUUGUUUACCUUACUGGAAUAACAAUAAUAGGGAUUUUCACUAUCAUAACCUUGCUUAUUCCGGCCUUCUCGACUGGGAAAUACCGCUCGUUUCGAGCAUGUCUCUUCACGUCCAUGGGAUUCUUUGGCCUUGUGCCUGCCAUCCAUGCUGCGGUUGUGAACUGGAACGAUCCUUACCGGAAUAUAACGCUAGCCUAUGAGUCGGCCAUGGCGCUAUUGUACUUGAUAGGGGCAUCGUUUUACGUUAGCCGGAUUCCCGAGCGGUGGAAGCCCGGGUGGUUCGACCUGGCCGGUCACAGUCAUCAGAUAUUCCAUGUGUUUGUAAUCUUGGGGGCUUUGGCUCAUUAUGGUGCUGCACAAAUUUUCUUGAGGUACCGCAGUAGAAUAGGGUGUGACUAAAUUUAUGUGUGCUGUGUGAAAUUGGGCCUACUAUAACCCUUUUUCAUUUGAUGUUGUAUUUGUAUAGUAAUUAAUUUGCAUUUGCCUCUUAAGACGAAUGUAUCUUAUUUGUCAACGAGCUCGGAAUUUUAUUAGAUGAUUGAUCUUCA